CUUCAACACCAUUCUCAUCAAACUACAUAGUAUUUCUUCAAUACCAAAAGACAAAAAGAAAACAUAUAUGCAUCAAACAAUUACAAUGGAACACAGAAUAUCUAAGAUGAGCUUUGCUAUGGUGGUGAUGGCAAUGCUGUGUGCAGGGGCUGCAGCACAAUCGUCGAGUUGCACCAAUGUUAUAGUGAGCCUGUCACCCUGCCUUAACUAUAUCACAGGGAACUCCUCAACCCCAUCUUCAGGAUGCUGUUCCCAGCUUUCCAGUGUGCUGGGCUCGCAGCCACAAUGCCUCUGCCAGGUCCUUAACGGAGGUGGUUCAUCAUUGGGGAUCAACAUCAACCAAACUCAGGCUCUGGCUCUUCCCAGUGCUUGCAAGUUGGGGAAAACCCCAUCUGUCAGUCAGUGUAAAGCUUCUUCUCCCUCCCCAGCAAACUCACCAGCUGGAUCAGCAACAGGAACAGGAACAGCAGCAGAGUCUCCCAACUCUCCAACCACAGAUUCUUCAGGAUCCGGAUCCAAGAGCGUACCUACAACGGAUAGUGGCUCAUCCAGUGGCAAUUCUGUCAAGUUAUCGGUUCCUCUGUUCCUUACUUUGGCAGUAAUAUACGCUUCAGCUUUCAGAACAUACUGAUUCUUUCCCUGCUGGCUGGCUUGCCUUUUAUGUUUUUUUCUUUUUCCUUUUUAUUGCCAUUGUCAAUUUUCAUUGUUUUCCUCAUGUAUUAUUGAGAAACCCUUAGGCUGAGGGGUUCAAUCUAUUCAUUUUUGUCACCUAUAUUGGAUUAUGCUGUUCUGUAUUAUCAUGGAGAUAUCAUUUUCUCCCAUAUGAAUAAAUGCUUGUAAUUGUGGUUU